UAUCUGGAGCUGGUAUCUCCUCCUAUAAAUCACCUCAUUACUUCAUUUUUCCAUCUUAAAAAGUUCAUAUAGCGAUGUCUAAUAUCUCUGGACUACGAGAAUGUUGGUCUGAUAGUGUUUUAAACAAAAUAACGCCGAAUAUAACUGAUGACAGCGACCUCAAUGUCCACCAUUUGACAAACAGUUUAGAAAGUCGAUUCUUUGCAAAAACAGAUGAGCAGUACUCUGUGACUCCAAGUAAUGAUAUAAUAAUAGACGARGUCGAAGAAACAAUAUAUUUGGACGAAUGUGAGCCUAAAAGAGCAAAUGUUGUUGAGGAAGAGGUAGACUCUGAUUUUGAUGUUCUCCCAGAAGAAUUGAUCAUUCAAAUCCUGUCCUAUAUACCAUUYAAAGAGUUGUAUCAGAAUGUAGUACUUGUUUGUAAAAGAUGGAAAGACCUUGCUUUYUCACCUAUACUGUGGCAAUAUUUAGAUCUUGACGUUACCACUUAUUUGACUUCACAAUGUCUGACAAACAUCAUCUGUAAACACUGCUCGCUUUUAAAAAGACUGAAUUUGAGGAAUCAAGAUCAGUUGUGUGAUGAAGAAAUUCUUGCUAUUGCAAGGGCAUGCCCAUUGUUGUAUGACUUAACUUUAUCAUUUUGUGGAGAAGUUGUUAAAACUGCUAAAAUAUUUGCAAAACAUUGUGUAAAUCUUCAMUAUCUAAACAUGGAAGGGUGUGAUGUGACUGAUGAUUGCCUUAAACACUUMGCCAACCUACCUCUAAAGGGUCUUAAUGUAUCUCACUGUAUACACAUAAGUGAUGAAGGAAUGAAAUCAGUAACCAGUAAAUGCUGCAAUCUAAUGGAAAUCAACUUUGAUGGAGUUCAGUGGAUUACUGAUGAUGCUGUAUUUGUCAUGGUUCAAAAUUGUUACCAGAAACUGGAGAAACUUUGGCUCGAUGGAGAUAAUUUGACUGAUGCUAGUGUCAAAGCCAUUGCAAAAUGUAAAAACCUCAAAGUUUUCAGCCUGUCAUUCUGUGAUAACCUAACUGAUGAAUCUCUGACCGGUYUUCAACAUAUGAAUAACCUGUACUCACUGAAACUCAAAAAAGGAGUUGGUUUCUCUGCAUCAGGCUUGACUGAACUAUUUGAACACUUAAAUGUGGAUUUAAUGGACAACGUAUCUGGUAUAUUGAGUCUAUCAAUGCCUGAAUGCACAACUCUAGAUGAUGGUGUAAUUCAAGUAAUAGCACAAAGUUGUCCAAAUCUCAUCACUUUAAAUCUCUCAUGGUGCUGGGAUAUCACWGACCAUGGACUUCGCCAUAUUAUUCUUAACUGCAGGCAAAUGGAAAGAUUGAACAUUUGUGGUUUGACAGAUGUCCAAGGAGAAUGUCUGCUUGGUCUUCCAGAACUCAUGCCAAAGCUUGUUUAUCUUAAUGCCAGUCAGUGUAAUUCAAUGUCUGAUGAAGUACUUUUGGAUUUAGUUGAUACUGUGCCUAAUAUAAYUGUUAUUGAUUACUACAAUGAAGUGCUCCAACCAAGAUUACGCAGGAGUUUGCAGGAUUCCUGUGUUCAUGAGAAUGAGAGUGAGGACUAGAYCUACUUACAGAACUUCCAAAACAGGAAAGAAUAAAUUAUUAAUAUAUGAACAAAAGGCAAUCCCAAGCAUUCAAAUUGCUGUGUAGGAUUUCCAAAAAUUAUAACCCAAAUCUUUCAGUAUUCAUAGAAACGCCUAACCUUGGUCAGUCUUUCUUGAUUCUUGCCUCUGUCUGAGCUCUGUAUCAUGUACAUUUAAGCAAUCGAGAGACAAAGUCUUUCUUUCGAAUAGUGUAAGAGGAAUAUUUUAUAAACAGUUCGUUGUUUGCGUGCCAACUAAAGGUGCAUUAGCAUGUUUUAUUUUGGUUGUUAGUAUAAUACGAUUUUUUGUUUGUUGAUGAUUSUGCCUAGCAAAGGUCCCCACGCGAAACUAAACCGCGAAAAGGGCUAUUUAUUCAAUGACAAGUAUAUUAUAAUACUCACCAAUUAUUUGACGUUUUUUAUGUCUGUCGUUUUUUUUAAUGUCUGUAUAAUUUAAUUUAACGGUUUACAGUAAGUUUUCAUGUACUUCAAGUAAACAUUUUGUUUAGGAAUUCUAUUCUGUUCUCACAGUAUUGAAUAAGAAACUGUUGUCAUGAUUCAGCAUUAUUGGUCGAUCUCUGGUUAUUAUUGAAUAUAUCCAUUUUACAAAAUAUAUUUGAAAUAAUGAUAAUAAAAUGAGAGGAAGGAUUGCAA